GAACAUUAAGAAAAGGCAUGUUGUAUCUUGUUUAUCUUGGAGGUGGGUCUGCAUUGGGUGGGGCUCGCGGCUAAUAUAAAAGUCUUCGUUUGUAAGAGCUCAUCACUGAACUUCUACUCCAGCAUCGUCUUUAACUACAACCAUGAGUCUCACCGCUAAGGACAAGAAAAUGGUCAAGGCCUUCUGGGCCAAGGUGGCCGGCAAGGCUGAGGACAUCGGCUGCGAUGCUCUGUCUAGGACGCUGGUUGUGUACCCCCAGACCAAGACCUACUUCUCCCACUGGAAGGACCUGAGCCCCGGCUCUGCCCCAGUCAGGAAGCACGGUGGGACCAUCAUGGGAGGCAUCAGUUUAGCGGUGGCCAGCAUCGACGACAUCAGCGCAGGUCUCCUCGCCCUCAGCGAGCUGCAUGCCUUCAAGCUGCGUGUCGAUCCCGCCAACUUCAAGAUCCUGUCCCACAACAUCUUGGUGGUGCUGGCUAUCUUGUUCCCCAAUGAUUUCAACCCCGAAGCUCAUGUGGCCAUGGACAAGUUCCUGGCAGCGGUGGGCCGGGCUCUGUCUGAGAAGUACCGAUAAGAUGUGGACAGAAGGAUCAGACCAGACGGAUUGUAGCAUUGAUCAGCACUGCUCAGCUCUGUAUUGUUGUAAAAUAUAAUUAAAUAUUAAAACGCACAUA